ACAGAUUUCCAUAAUGGUAUUUUCUUUCAUGUGUCCCCCUUGUGCUGCAAAACAUUCCUCAGAACACAUUUUAUAUGCUAAAAGGCAAUCAGGUCCAAUUUAUAUAUGUAGUUUUAAACUCAGAUGCACAUCUGAAACAAAAGCCCUUAAGAUGUAGUGGCAUCAAUGAGGCAAAACCAUAUUGAUAUGGGAAAAAUAAUCACAUUUAGUUUAGCUACCUAACUCUGUCAAAUGUACAUUUCAUUUCUCGAAUAAGCCACAAGUAGCUAAGUUUAGACUGCAUGUUGUGUGAACUCAAUCAUAUCAUUUGUAAUCCAAAAGGCUAACAAACUCAGUCAACCCUGGCUUAAUUCAUACACUGCUAACCAUGGCUCAGCAUACCAUGUAAACCCAGCAGAAACAUGAAGUCCUCUAUUCUUUUAAUUAAGUUAAUGAGUUACCCUAAACUGUAUUGUUGAACAAAUUAGAGUUGGCUUGGGUACAAAGAUCUAUGAUUUACAAACCACAAUGCCUUGAAUCACACAACCAACAGAUGGCUUAGCAAGAUGCGGGAAUCGAUAGCUGAGUACUUUUUAAAAGCAUUUCAGAGCCGAUGCGUAGGUUAGAUAGGAUAAAAAAGAAAAAUUACAUAUUAUAAGUGAAGAGCCGCAUCCAAGCAGAAAAAUGGAAUGCUUUUCUUACACAAAUAAAGCAAACCCAACCAUUUGGUAGCGUUUGUAUAUGCGUUUCUGAUUUCAAUUCUAGGUAAAGACAAACGAGGGCUUCAGUACAUAUUGUCCUUCGUGUAGGAAUCCUUUUUCCCCCUUCAUCCUUGCUUUGUUUUGCUUCGCUUCCAAAUUAUUCCAGAAAAUGCAUUCUGCCAUUUGCUGAGAGACCGCGCGCGCGCCGUAAAGCCUACGCCCUCUGACUCUUUAGGCUCGCUGCGUUGAAGCAGGCUUCCUCUUACGUCACGUGCGUUCAUUUUCUCCCCCCAGCUCAGCGUGUUGCUGGCAUCUCCGGGGCUGAAACCCGAUGCGGCGCAGAACUACUGAAGUCCUCAAAUCCAUUCCCCACCUCAGUCCGCCAAUAGGUCGCUCCCCGCGCGGCGCCUUUCCCUUCGCGCUCGUCCCUGGCAUGGCUGAGAUUCUGGAGUUCCGUGUCCCCCCUGGGAACGAUCGGACUCUGCUCGUCUUGGGGCUGGAGUCAGAUGCGUCGGAGCAUGCUCUGUAUCUUGCCUUCUCUGCAUUUGGGCCACUCUAUUCUGUAAAACUGUACAGAAAUGCUCUGGUUGCUGGGCCUGGCUAUCACGCCUUUGUCAAGUUCUACUCUGCCCGAGAUGCCAGCCGGGCACAACAUGCUUGCAAUCAGAGGUCACUGUUUCAGAAAACUGCUCUGAAGGUUUGCCUUUGUACCAGACAACGGGCACCUACAAAGCAAACGUUAGCUUUGAACAGCCACAAAUGCCAGGAAUUAGCCAAUCACUACCUUGGUUUCAAUGGCUGGUCCAGUCGCAUCAUCACUCUGCAGAAUAUACCUGGUUUUGAAGAUGAUGAGAAAGAAGAAGGGGGAGCUUUGCCCAGGCACCAUCAUUCAAAGUAUCUGUGUGUGCAAGAAUUAAGCAUCCCUGAUUAUGGAAUUCAUACCAGAGGGAUUGGUGUGGCUGAACUUCAUGUGAACCCCAGUCAAGAGUUUCUCACGGCCACCCGCAACACUCAGAAGCUUGCAGUGCAACAGGCACUCUCAGAUGCAUUUCAGAAAAUACUCUUCAUAAUCCUAGAGAAUGGGAAGUUGGCAGUGGAGUACAGCUCUCCUGAGAAGGACCCCAUUGAUUGUUUAUCAGAAGAGGAACUCAGGGGUCUCAUUCAGGUGACCGAAUUGCCACUUUCACAGCUGAACCCUGUAGAAGAAGAGGAGAUCUUGUGUGAUCUUAACAUGGAUGGAGAAUAACAGUUGAUUGGCACAGAUUCUGUUUUCUUCUCGAUCUGGAAGUAUAUCCUGUUCCCUCCUAAGCACGUUAUCUGACCUGGAAGUUGGGUCUCCUUGUUUUUAGAGCAUUUGGGUGAUGAGGCUACCAAGUGAAAGCUACCAGUCAGAAGACAGAACUCUUCCAAGAAAAUUCUAAUUGCCUAUUUAUGUUUAGUGAUGAUUGGAAAGGCAGUAUGAUUUUUCUGAUUUUUAUAUUUUUCUAAUAAAUGACUUAGUAAUAGAAAAGGAUUGGUUGGCUCUGUACAUCUUUUUUCAAAGGCAGCAAAUGUUUUCAAUAAAAUAUCAGCUUUCUACCAUAUAUACCCAACAGGAUGAUUAUUUGCCCCCCCAUCCCCAAAUCAUUAUUUGUGAAUUGAGGGAGUGGGUUGAUAAGAAUAGAAUAAACAGUUGAAAAGAAAGGAAGAAACAAGAGUUGCAAAUGCUGGCAAAUACUGCUCUUGAAAAGUAUGGAUGCCCUUGAAAAUUAGGCUUGGUAAGGUCAGUUUGUCUGGUGAAAUUCCCUCUUCUGUAACAUCUUUUCUCCCUUUCCCUUUCCAGUUGCUUUUUCCUUUCCCCACCCUGCUAUCCAGUUUUUCCCCCCACCUUUCUCUCCAGUACAGCUGCUGCUAGUACUCACCCCAUCCCAUCCCUGUUCUGCUCUUGUUGGAAGUAAGGAGGAAAUGUGUGGGGAUGUUAGGCUCUGUCUGCUUGUGUUUCUGUGAGAGAGACAGAGGGAGUUUGUAUAUAAGGGAAUGGUCAGUGGAUAUAGACAGGGAUCAGUCAGUAUUAUAAAUGGGGCAUCCUAUUUUACAGGCAAGUAAUUUAAAUUCGUUUUUAAAUGAACUUAUUUAUUUUUAUGCUGGCUCUUCCUAUUCUUCAAGGAUGGAUUCUGGGAGGAGUGUGUGUAUCAACAGCAGCCAUAGCAAACCACUGUACCAAAAUGAUAAGUGUGUGAUAAUCUAAUCAUGCAAAAGCCACCUGCAAUUAUGCACGUGUAUUAGGACAUCUGAUACAAGUAUGUAUGCCGUGGCACUUAAUGCACAUGCCAUCAUUUGUCCCCUCUCCCCCCAUAGACAUCCAUGGUGUUUAUCACAUCCAGGUAUGACACAUGUGAAGCCAGGAAGCACUGCUUUUCAGUUCACCUGGUUCUUUGGAAGAGUCUUCCUGUGGAGAUCAGGCUGAUUUCUCCCAAUUGCAUUCAGGCAGAUGUUAAAGACCAAGUUGUGCUGGAGAGCAUUUUAACUCAUUUGGGGUCAUUUUUUUGUUGUGUUGUUGCUUUUUUUCCUGAGUUGUCAUUUUUAGUAUUCUCGAGAUUGAUUUUAUGUUUUUGGAUUUACCAUGGAUAUUGUAAAUUGUACCAUUGAUGUGAUCAUGUAAGCCACCAAGUGUUGGACUGGUUGCAGUGGGAUACAAAUGCAAUAAAC